AUGAUCAGACAGUUUAGAAGUGCCCGUCGGUUGUUGUCCUCGACGACCAGACGGUUGGCCGAGGUCGAGGUCACCAUUGACGGCCGCAAGGUCAUGAUUGAGGCGGGGCUGUCCAUCAUCCAGGCCGCCGAAUUGGCCGGGGUCCAGAUCCCCCGUUACUGCUUCCACGACAAGUUGGCCAUCGCCGGUAACUGCAGAAUGUGCCUUGUUGACGUCGAACGCAUGCCCAAGCUCAUUGCCCUGUGUGGUGUCCCCGUUCAAAACGGCAUGGUCGUCCACACCGACUCCGAGCGGAUUAAGAAAGCUCGUGAAGGCGUCACCGAGAUGUUGUUGCAAAACCACCCUCUCGACUGUCCCGUGUGUGACCAGGGUGGUGAGUGUGACUUGCAAGAACAAUCGCAAAGAUACGGUCUGGACCGUGGUCGUUUCCACGAAGUCGCUGGUAAGCGCGCGGUGGAAAACAAGGCCAUCGGCCCCCUCGUCAAGACCCUGAUGAACCGUUGUAUCCACUGCACCCGUUGUGUGCGUUUCAUGAACGACAUCGCCGGCGCCCCCGAAUUCGGUACCGCCGGCCGUGGUAACGACAUGCAAAUCGGUACGUACAUCGAACGUAACAUCAACUCGGAAUUGCUGGGUAACAUCAUCGACUUGUGUCCCGUCGGGGCCCUUACGUCGAAGCCCUACGCUUUCCGUGCCCGUCCUUGGGAACUUAAGCGUACCGAAACCAUCGACGUCAUGGACGCCCUCGGUUCCAACGUCCGUGUCGACACCAGAGGUAUCGAGGUGAUGCGGGUGUUGCCUCGUUUGAACGACGACAUUAACGAAGAAUGGAUUUCUGACAAGCUGAGAUUCGCCUGCGACGGUCUCAAGACCCAAAGAUUGACCCAACCCUUGAUCAAGAACGGUGACCGCUUUGAAAUUGCCACCUGGGACGAAGCCUUAUCCACCGUUGCCGCCGCCUUCAACCGGAUCAAGCCUCAAGGCAACCAAAUCAAGGCCAUUGCCGGUGGCUUGGCUGACGCCGAAGCCAUGGUUGCCCUUAAGGACUUGGUGAACAAGUUGGGUUCCGAAAACACCACCGCUGACGUUGCCGUCUACGGUAACGCUGACAUCCGUUCGAACUACACUUUUGGUUCUACUAUCGACGGUAUCGAAGACGCUGACCAAAUCCUCCUUGUUGGUACCAACCCCAGAUUUGAAGCCGCCGUGCUCAACGCCCGUAUCCGUAAGGUUUGGUUGCGUCUGGACUUGGAGGUCCACCACGUCGGUCAAGAGUUCGAAUCCACCUUCGACAAGGGUCACUUCGGUACUCUGGCUGCCGACUUAAAGAAGGCUCUCGACGGCGAAGUCGGUAAGAAGCUCGCUGGCGCCAAGAAGCCUUUGAUUAUCAUUGGUUCGGGUGUGGCCAACUCCGAAGACGCCGACGCUGUCUACAAGUAUGUCGGUGACUUUGCCAACGCCAACGCUAACUUCACCGCUCCCGAAUGGAAUGGUGUGAACGUGUUGCAGCGUGAUGCCGCCCGGGUGGGGGCUUUGGACGUCGGUUUCCACGUCGUCGACCCCGCUGUGGCCAACACUGAAGCUAAGUUUGUCUACUUGCUCGGUGCUGAUGAAUUCAAGCCCGAAGACAUCCCCAAGGACGCCUUUGUCAUCUACCAAGGUCACCACGGUGAUGUCGGUGCCCUGUACGCCGACGUGGUGUUGCCCGGUUCCGCCUACACCGAAAAGAACGCUACUUACGUCAACACCGAAGGGAGAACCCAACUGACUCGUGCUGCCACCAACGGUCCGGGUGCUUCGCGUGAAGACUGGAAGAUUGUCCGUGCGGUCUCGGAAUACUUGGGUGCCACUUUGCCCUAUGACGACCUCAUCGCCGUGAGAAACCGUUUGGGUGAAAUUGCUCCCCACUUGGUUCGUUACGAUGUCAUCGAACCCACCUCGGUUGACAUCGCCAAGACUGGGUUCGCCCAAUUGGCUCUGAAGGAAGUGUCGGUUGCCGGUAAGCCCUUGACCAACCCCAUCGACAACUUUUACUUCACUGACGUCAUCUCGCGGUCGUCGCCCACCAUGGCUAAGUGUGUCGCCUCGUUCGGGGCCAAGAUCGACAAGAUCAAAGACGACAAGCCCGCCAUCAACUUUUAA